AUGGCAGACUCGGAUACCCCAAUGGAUCAUCCAAAUGACUAUGCUGCCUAUCCAGAAAUCGAUGAAGAGGUGCAGUAUCCAUGGCAGGGGGUUGAGAAUCAACCAUUCGUUCCUGAAGAUGUCUUUGCUGCGGCAAUUGAUCCUCGACUCUUUGGAACCGCCUUGCCCUCUCAGGCCGCAGAACGUGUUACUCAAGCCCAAAAUCAAGCUCAGUAUCAAGAACAGGAGUAUGAAUACAGCGAUAUUUCUGAGGAUAGCCAAGAUUUCACACCGGAUCCUCGAGGGGUUGACGAGGGAGAUGAUGACUCGGACUAUGUUGCAUACGAAGACCAAAGCGAGAGCAAUGAUGAAGAGCCGGAAGAUGAUGAUUCUGAUUCUGAUGCAAGACGUCGACGCCAACGUCGAGGCGGGGGACGCUUCUCAGGUCGUUAUGGAGCCCGUGGUGGGAAGGGCAUAAAACGAGGCCCUCGUAAACCUCUAGAGCCUGGUCCAGAAUUCAAGAUGCUGCACUCAGAAGCUACCGAAGCAUUCAUCGAUGGCGACUACGAUCGAGCAAUGGACCGAGUGAUGCGUGCAAUCCAGAACAACCCUGAAAUGUUCCCGGCCCAUUCCCUAUUGUCUGAAAUCUUCCUGGCCCAAGGCCAAAAGGAUAAGGCUUUGGCGGCUCUCUUUAACGGCGCUCACACCCGGCCCAAGGAUUCCACUGUCUGGCUCAAGGUCGCGCGUCUUAUUUUGCAGCGUGCUGGCCAAGACCGCAAAAGGGCAUUAAAUGAUGUCAUCUACUGCUACAGCCGUGUGAUUGAAAUCGAGCCUAAAAACUACAAUAUUCGAUAUCAGAGAGCCGCAAUCUACCGUGAACUCAUGUACAACGGCAGGGCAGCUGGUGAGUAUGAGCGUAUCUUAAGGGAUCGGCCGCACAAUGCAAGGGCCCUUCGACACUUGGCGGAAAUCUACAUCGACCUUAACGAAGUCCAAAAAGCCAUCGACCACUGGGUAAAUAGCAUGGAAUUCUACCUGUCCCUUGAUCCUCAGGAUACUCGUCUUAGCUGGUCUGAGGUCAACAUUUACGUCGAGCUUUUUAGCAUUACCGGUCAACCUGUUCAAGGACUCCGUGCCCUAAAGUCCGUUUCCAGAUGGCUGCUGGGUCGCGGCGACGAUGCACUUUGGGAUGAUUUUGAGGACGAUGACCGAGAAUGGGACUUCAACGAUGCUCCUCGUCGUAUCAAGACUAAUGGGUAUGUGCCUGGCCAAUGGCCCAUAGACUCAUAUGGACUUGGGUUGCCCCUUGAACUUCGCAUCAAAAUGGGGCUCUUUCGACUCAAAAUGGGUUACAAACACCACCAAGAAGCUCUUCAUCACUUUGAAUGGCUGAAUCCGGAUGACACUUCGGAAGGUGCCCGCAUUUUUGAUUUUGGUGAUCUCUUCCGCGAGGUCGCAGAUGCCCUGAAGGAUAGCGGGUUGCCCGAAGAAGCUUAUCGGUUUUAUCUCCCGAUCCAGGAGACUGAUGAGCAUGCAGAUAUCGGCUAUUUCAUGGCAAUGGCUGAUUGCUGUAUGCAACUCGGCAAAAUGGAAGAGGCUGAAACAGGCUAUCUGACUGUGGCCGAGCAUGACCCGAGACAUAUGGAAUCACGAGUUGCGCUCGCCAAGCUGUACGAAAGCCUUGGCAUGAGCGACCAGGCAUUGAAGUACAUCAACGAGGCAGUUGUACUUGGGCGACAGGAAGGCAGAUCCCGGCGUAGGCAGGACGCAAGACUAGAGCAGCUUGCAGCUGAGUUCAGGGAAGCCGAAUCCGGGGCUCCUAUACCAAUUGCGCCAAAAUCAGCUACGACAUUUACAGGCCUGGCACCCUUGAGUCCUGACCGAGAAACGCCCGCCGGGGAAGAAGGUCAGCGAAUAGAGGAUGUUCAAUUCUUGUACCAGAAAUUGCAGGAGCUGGAACCACAAGUUAAAGAUGGGGUUUAUGAAGCUACCGAGGAUUGGCUUGACAUUGCUGAUGCUCUACUUCGUGAUUUCCGAUCCAACCGAAUCUUCUAUCCCAUGACACGGCAAAUGGAAUUCCAGGGAUACCACAGGAAAGACAAAGGCAAGGGUGCUACUCUGCUGAACGAAGCUCACGAGUUAGCUGGUCGUCUCCAGAAAAGUAUAGGUGAUGAUCGUCCCGAUGAAUCCUUGUCAGAUACUAUACCCGACGAAUAUUAUGGCAUAUCAUUUGAUGAUUGGCUUGAUCUAUUUCUUCAAUAUGCGCUCCUCCUGACCUCACAGGGAGAAGUUGAAGAAGCAUACGACGCGCUCAAUUCUGCGGCUGUAGCCAGUAUCUGGUUCCACUCCAAGCCAAAAUCGCGUCUGAUUCAUGUCUGCUGGUUUACCUGCGCCCUUCGGGCGAAUGACGAGGAAGCUCUGGCGCAUGAAGCGCGAUGGUUCAUCAAGGAAUACCAAUUUGUCACUGACACAUAUCGUCUUUUCUCCAUGUUGAGUCGUAUCUCUGGUGAUGCACACAAGCCACAAUUUUUCAAUUCCCCAAACAUGAAGUUCAUGCUCCGUCAGAUCAAAGCAAUGGACUUCACCCUUCCAGACGAUCCGAACAAACCUAACCUCGUUCGGCCAUCUCUCUGGAAGGAACGUGCCUCUCUUACAACCAAGGACCGAUCUGGGGAGCGAAUACCCGCAGAGUCACUCGACAUCGCCCUUCUUAUCCUUUACGGACAUAUUCUUUACUCAGGAGGCAGCUUCUACCCGGCUCUGAACUACUUUUUCCGCGCAUAUGCUCUAGAUGAUCAGAACCCAGUCUUACUUCUAUCUAUCGGGCUUUGCUUCAUCCACCACUCUCUCAAACGACAGUCUGAGAACCGACACUACUUGAUUAUGCAAGGAAUCUCCUUCCUGAAUGAAUACCGCCGGGUGCGAAUGAAGCCUGGAACCUUGCUCCAGGAGCGACAAGAAAUGGAGUUCAAUUUUGCACGAGCCUAUCAUGGUCUUGGGUUGGGUCACCUGGCCAUUGAGGGAUACGAAAAGGUACUCAAGCUCGGGCAAGAGAUCCAGGAACAGGGUGAUGAAGCACCUGUCCCAGUAGACGGAGCCGAUGUGGUAAUGGGUGAGGCUGACCAAUCCUCACAUCAAGCUGAGGUCUCACGGAAGUUUGUAGAAGACUUCACACGUGAAGCUGCCUAUGCCUUGCAAUGUAUUCAUACACUCGGUGGCGAUGAACAGGCCGCGAAAGCUGUCACUGAUACAUGGCUUGUUAUAUAA